GGAGUAAUUAAAACCUAUUAGAAUUUGAAAUUAGUUGCUUGUUCUCAAACGAACUCUUAUUAGAAUUUUGCAUCUCUCCUUCUAUAUCAAACAUCCAGACUAUUUGUUGAGUGAUAUAUCAUAUAUCACAUAGAGGAUAUAGUCUAUACAGGACCCCAUGAAUGAAAGGUUGGGUAAUUGAGGAAUCCUGGUACAUAUGGAGGUGGCCGGCAAUGAUGAUCAGUUGGAAUGUUCGAACCCUAUUGGAAAUGAGGAAGACAAUUCAGACGAAGUGAAAGUAAGAUGCUGGGAUCAGAGAGAAGCAGAACCAGGAGAACCUCGUUGCAUCAUCUGUGGCCGCUAUGGGGAGUAUAUAUGUGAUGAGACGGAUGAUGAUAUUUGCAGCUUAGAGUGUAAGAAGACUCUUUUGGAAAGGAUAGCUAAGUCAAAACAUGCCUCUACUCUUCCUGUCCAAAAACGAUUACCUACUACUGAUGAGUGCUUCUAUGUGAAAGAUCCCAAAACAGCAUCAAGUUCUGGUCUUGUUUCUAAUGAAGAGACGGCAUUACUGAGAGAAAGACUUGAUAUUUUCGUCAGACGUGGUUCUGUCCCUCCCCCUGUUUUGUCAUUUUCUUCUUGUAAUCUUCCGGUGAAGCUCCUUCAGAAUAUUGAGAUUAUGGGAUUUGUCCUCCCAACACCAGUCCAAAUGCAAGCUAUACCUGCUGCUAUAGAAGGUUAUAGCCUUCUUGUUUCAGCUGAGACAGGAUCUGGGAAAACGGCUUCAUAUUUGAUUCCAAUUAUUACUCACUGUGUGAAUGCUUCUUCUGAUCGAUCAUGCAAUAGGAAGCCGCUGUCAAUGGUUCUUACACCUACUAGGGAGCUGUGUGUGCAAGUUGAAGAAGAAGCCAAAAAACUUAGCCUGGGGCUGCCAUUUAAGACUGCACUUGUCAUAGGUGGUAAUCCCAUGGCCAGUCAGGUCUACCGCAUCAAACAAGGUAUUGAAUUAAUCGUGGGAACACCUGGGAGGCUAGUUGAUCUGUUAACCAAGCAUGACAUUGAGCUGGAUAAUAUUUCCUUCUUUGUGGUAGAUGAAGUGGACCUUAUGCUUCAGAGAGGCUUCCGUGAUCAGGUCAUGCAGAUCUUUAGGGCUCUCUCAAGUCCCCAGGUUCUGAUGCUUUCUGCAACGGUAUCUGCUGAAGUCCAGAAAAUGGCACAGUCAAUGGCAAAAGAUUUGGCAAUCGUCUUUGUUGGAAAGCCUGAUAUGCCAAACCUUGCGGUAAAGCAGAUACCUAUAUGGGUCGAGACAAAGCACAAAAAGCAGAAGCUUUUUGACAUAUUGAUGAGCAAGCAGCAUUUCAGGCCCCCAGUGGUUGUAUUCGUAGCUUCAAAAGUAGGAGCAGAUCUCUUAGCUGAGGCAAUCAUCGUUACUACAAAGAUCAAAGCUUUAGCCAUCCAUGGAGACAAGACCAUGAGUGAAAGGAGCGAAAUUUUAAAGUCUUUUUUGAUGGGUGAGUUCAAUGUAUUAGUAUCAACUGGGUUAUUGGGCCGUGGGAUGGACCUUUUGAGUGUGAAGCAAGUCAUAGUAUUUGACAUGCCAAAUUCAAUGAAGGAAUAUGUUCACAUAGUUGGGCGGGCCUCACGACAUGGAGGGGAAGGGAACGUCAUUGUGUUUGUAAAUGAGGAAAGUAAAAAUUUGUUCCCAGAAUUCGUUAACGUGUUGAAAUCAUCUGGUGCUGUUGUUCCGAAGGAGCUUGCCAAUUCCAGGUACGCUGCAUUUCUCGUUUCCAUGAGCAAGAACUUCAAGAAAAGGAAACAUGGCUGAGAAUUGUAUAUUUGCCAAUUCAAGCUUGUGUAUGCAUCAGAGAUGGUUACCGGUAUUUCUAUCUUCCGGGAGAUUAUGCAGCGAAGUUCUUCCAUCACCGAAAAUAUGAUGUUGAACAUACUCGAAUAUGAUCAUCAUAACAUCCCUUUCGAGACUGUUUAUACGUGCUAGUUCUAGCUAUUAGGCUGGCGUUAAAGAUUCACUCCGAAGGGCAGUUAAAUUGGUCUCUGAAAACUCGAUUUGGUAAGGUGAGAUUAGGAAUAAACUACUGCUAAAUCAUGGACUCGAGCUGACAAUUUUGACAAGCUUUCAGGCGUUUGAGUUUACGGUGAUCAUUUUCCGGCUACGCCAAGCACCCAGUGGCUAGAUUUGUCUUGGUAUUUCUUGUGAUCAUCAGUAGUAGAACUAUUCCUCUGUAAAUUGCCCAAUGUUUUUCUUGUUUACGAGUAGGAACUUUCGCACUAAGCCUUAAUAUUGUUUCAUUAUCUGUUUGGUCGAGUUGAUGGGCGUGGAUAUCCUGCUUAUUUUUUCAUGGAGAUGGUUCUGCUACUCUUGUUGUGAGUUGAUAUCUUGCCAAGCUUCAAAGUCUUCCGCCAUGGUGGUGAAAGACGAAGGUGAAAGAGUGCAGUUAAGAUGUUGCUUCUCGAUUUUGUGUACCGAUUGCUAGAAUUUUGUUGAUUAAAGAGAUUCGUCAUUGAACAUGUAUCUUUUCCUCUGUUUGGAAUUCAUGUCAAAAAAGAUGAUUCCUAAUGAUUUGUUCUAUUUCUCCUGAUGCAACAUAUGAUCACUUGUGCAAUGUGACAUUGCUUUGAGUGGUAAAAAAAUGGUUCCUUAGAUUCAUUAUA